GUCACGUUUCUUUCCACCAGCAACAAACGCUUUACUGUCUGGACAGUAACUAAAUUCUUUACUUAAAACAUUCAGCAAUUUGUUGAAAGCAAAACUAGUUAUGGCUGCUCCAUUGAAAGUAUGUAUUGUCGGCUCAGGAAACUGGGGCUCUGUCAUUGCAAGAAUUAUUGGCUCAAAUGCACAGAAACUGCAACACUUUGCCACUACAGUUAAGAUGUGGGUGUAUGAAGAAGUGGUCAAUGGCAAAAAGCUGUCUGAGAUCAUCAACACGGAUCACGAGAACGUCAAGUACCUUCCAGGUUACAAUCUCCCAGAGAAUGUGGUUGCGGUGCCGCAUAUACGGGAUGCUGCAGAUGGUGCCGACAUACUGGUGUUCGUGGUACCUCACCAGUUCAUCAGAAAACUGUGUGAGGAGAUGGUGGGCUGCGUCUCAGAGAAAGCUAGAGGGAUUACAUUAAUCAAAGGUAUUGAUGAAGGACCGGAAGGAUUAAAGCUGAUCUCUGACAUCAUCAGGGAAAAAAUGGGCAUCGAUGUGAGUGUCCUAAUGGGGGCGAAUAUUGCCAAUGAAGUGGCGGCUGAGAAGUUCUGUGAGAGCACCAUUGGCAGCAAGGUUUUGGAGAAUGGCCUCUUAUUUAAAGAGCUCCUGCAGACACCAAACUUCAGAAUCACUGUGGUGGAUGACGCUGACACGGUGGAGCUCUGUGGAGCACUCAAGAACAUUGUGGCGGUGGGCGCAGGCUUCUGCGACGGUCUGCAGUGUGGAGACAACACCAAAGCAGCCGUUAUUCGUUUGGGACUGAUGGAGAUGAUCGCUUUCGCCAAACUCUUCAGCAAGGACGGCUCCGUGUCAUCAGCCACGUUCCUUGAGAGCUGCGGCGUGGCAGACCUCAUCACCACCUGCUACGGAGGGCGUAACCGGCGCGUGGCCGAGGCUUUCGCUAAAACGGGGAAGAGCAUCGAGGAACUGGAGAAGGAGAUGUUAAAUGGACAACAGCUUCAGGGUCCAUUGACUUCGGCAGAGGUCUAUCACAUCCUUAAACAGAAGAACCUAGAAGACAAGUUCCCCCUGUUUACAGCUGUGUACCAGAUCUGUUUCAAUGGAAAGCCGGUUCAGGAUAUGAUCACCUGCCUGCAGAGCCAUCCAGAACACCUGUGAGCGUGUCCCUGGGCCAGAUCCUUUGACAUCACCAUCUCCGUCCUCUCUCAUCCUCUUGGUGGUUCUACCUCUAACACUUCCCAUUUUUUUAGUUGUUACAUUUGUUUACUCGUAUACGAUGUUACAUUUUCUUACAUUACUCUCUCUGUCCCUGAACCAAUACUAGCUUUGUACGCUAAACAUUCGGAUCAAACUCAAUGGUUUGCUUCCAACCUUUUGUUAUUAUGUGACGAAUGUCCUCGACAAAUAACUCAAGAAUGAAGGAACUUAUUCUUCUUUAAUUAAUGCAAAGCCAUGUUUAUUAUAUACUCUUGAGCACAUUUAGAAUUUUAAAAAUUGUUCUGUUUGACUGCCCCCUGGUGGAUGGUCCACAAUAUCACGUUACAAACAAAUAGGAUUACAUGUCUCCUUCAAAAUACCAUGGAGAAAAUUCCUCUUAGAUUAUAACAGUAGAAUCUGAAACAUCUACAUAAACACUUUGCACAAAUGUGAUGCAAGUAAACUAGAACGCUCCCUUCAUAAUUAAAGUGCCUGCAGCUAAAGGGUGUUGCAGCUUUUUGACUACUAAGAGCGUUUUGGGUAAAUCAUGUUGUGUGGAAAUAGAAUAGAAAUACUUUAAUUGAGAAUCGAUUGGUGCUUCGAGAUCCCGUAAAACCAGCAUAAUACCACUUAAUCUAAAAAUCUUCCUUUAAGUCUACAAACACGAGUAAUUUCUCACAAGGGCAAAGCAACUGUUUAGAAUGACAUACAGUAUUCUAAUUGAUUUAUCUGCUGAAACUGCCAUGUAUGAUGUUCACUUUUGGGAACACAUAAAAUGUGAAACAAGUAUGAUUUCUAAUGUGAAUAUGCCUUCAACUUCAAGCAUUUUUGAUACUUGAAUGCACUCUCUCUGGGAAACAAACAUCUAAUGUUUUUAGUUGGUUGGUUAUAAUGAACAAUACUCGCUAAAGGGGAGCAAUUUCUUUAUCCUUAUUUACAAGUGACACAUUUUUAAGACUGAAGUGCUUUAAAGAAGACGCAGGGGGAACAUGGCUGUCUGUUAAACAAUAUGUCUGUACUUUUGUAUCAGGUCACAGUUACAAUCUAAGCUUCAAGAACGCACUGACAUAAUGAUAACAUUUACCUACCAAGCAGGAAUAUGGUACACACUACCAUGAUAAUCUUCAGGUCACCUUGAGAUUUCAGUUUUAAAUUGUUCCUCACAGCUAACAGUUAAAUCUUUUAUCUGAAGUUUUACUAUUAAAAGAAUGAAGGAAUGGUUUACGAAAAUCUGUAGAUUUGCUUUCAGAAGAGAGUGUGUUAUGGGAGCAGCUCGUAUUUGAAUCCAUAAUGGCCUUCUCUUAGAGCAUUAUUAUUCUUUAGUGCUUAUACAUCGGUUAGGUCAUGCCUAACACAAAUGAUAAAUAAUCAUGUAUUUGUUGAAGUCGUCUUUUCUUCAGUGUUCAUGUUGUACUCCGUCACGGAUGAAUAAUGAUAUUACAAGUAGGAAUAAUCUAGUCAUAGUGUACACAUAAUGUAUAACACUCCAGUGGACUAAAACAUUUUAAGAUCAUUAAAUACAUGUACUUUGUUGUAUUAACCCAUAUUGUAGUCUAUUAAAUGGUAUAACAUUGGUGUGUUGUUGACAUUGUUAAAGCUGAACGUUUAUAAACAAAGGCUGCUUUUGAAAGUAAACAAUAAAGUCAGUGCACAGUCA